AUGUCUUCACAUAUCUGGGAUGGAGAGUUGCUUAACCAGAACUUUUACCUGACACGCAUUGACGAUUUUUGGGAGUUUAUUAAGGACCACCCACUUCAUCCUCGUACAGUUGUGUGCCUCACUCUGACUGGUUUUUACCGGGUUAUUGAGGUUGGCCGGUUGCAGUUCGAUCAGCCCGUGAUCACGGCUCUGAUCGAGCGAUGGAGACCUGAGACUCAUACAUUUCAUUUGCCUAUCGGCGAUGCGACCAUCACGCUAGAGGACGUGGAGUUAUCGCCUGUUAGGCAACACCUGGAGGCACUUCACGAGCAGAUCAUGGAUGAGUCACCAACUGAGGCUAUUGAGCGGCAGUCAAGGCUGUUGAUUUUGAUGAUAUUUGGUGGAAUUCUUUCCCAAAACACUUCGGGAAACCUUGUUUCGGCUUGGGAGAGAUUUUUGCAGAUGCAACCCCAUCCUAGACCACUAGCUCCAGAUAUACCACCUCCGCCAUUUCUACCACAUGCUAGGAGAAAUCAAGCAAGUGGUCUUAUUGAUGAUAGCGAUGAAAUACGAGAAAUAUGUGUAAACUGGGGCCUAGAUUAUAAUGCCCUCGGUUCGGAUGGAUGCGAACAAGACCGCGACGAAGAAGACGAAGAAAAUGGCAAUAAAGAGAGAGACGAAAGUAAUGAUGAAUUAGUGCCCGACAGUGACGAUAAUAAUGAAUGA